AUGUUCCCAACGAUGAAAUUAAGUAUCAGUGGUUGUGAACCGGAUGUUUUUUAUUAUGUAUUUCUGGAUGUAGUUCCUGUAGACAAUCGACGUUACCGGUAUAUUUAUAAUAAAUCAUCCUGGUUAACAGCCGGUAAAGCUGAACCAACACCCCGUAAUCGAUUAUAUAUGCAUCCUGAUUCGCCAUUCACCGGUGAACAGCUCAGCAAUCAAAUUAUAUCAUUUGAAAAAGCCAAAUUGACAAAUAAUGAAGUUGACAAAACUGGACAUCUCAUUUUAAAUUCAAUGCAUAAAUAUCAACCACGUAUACAUAUCGUAAGACGAUCACGUGAAAGACCAAUCGAACAGGCAUUAACAAUCGAUUUGCACAAUGAACAUUACAAAACAUUCCAAUUUAAAGAAACACAAUUUAUGGCUGUUACAGCAUAUCAAAAUCAAUUAAUUACAAAAUUAAAAAUUGAAAAGAAUCCAUUUGCAAAAGUGAAUACCUCCAGUAUUAUUCCGCCAAAUUCUUCUGUUGAAAGAGUUUCAAAGAAAGAUUCGACAAAUAUGAAAUUAAUUAAUUAA